GUCUUUGUGGGGCUUUUUAUUUGUCGAAUUUCUGGCGCUUGCAGUUGCAUCCGUAUGCUGUUAUGAUUAUAGCACGGUGGCAUAUUUUUUCUGCCAUUAAAAAUCAACACCGAAAUUCCGGAAAUCGACAGCCCCACUUCGACAGCCCCAGAAAGUGGAGGCAUUUAGUCGCAGUUGGUUUUCUCUUCUGGGAAGACGUAGGCCCUGUCACGAAAUUCGGGCAGCAGCUGCGUAAUUUCUACAUCCGAGGAGCAGGCAUGGAGAAGGACAACUACGACUACGCGCCGUUUUUCAUGAGGACCUUUCUGCAAGCCCCUGGCGUGACGACGACGAAAGACCCAGGAGUCAAGGAUAUUCUUGUUUUAUGAAUGCAAAUUAUGCGCUUCUGACAAUGACAUAAACUCUGGUGGGGCCGCUUGCCGCGCCAUACAGAUACACAGUAGAUAGAUCAAUGUUUCCCCAGUUUCGUUCCCUCUUCUAGAACUUCAACGAGCGCUCCCUCACGAUUCUCGCAAUUCAUGAGUUCAAGACUCUCAAAGAAGACGAGUCACUGCGUUGUCGUUCGUGUCUUGUUUUCUCUAAGUCACGUUGUUGAUAUGCAGCAGGAUUAUUGCAAGUAUGUGGAGACUCCAGAGAAGAAGAGCAAGUACUGUCCCAAGCAAAGCAGGACCUUUUCGCUGUCACCGCGAAAACUGUGGUCGGUGCCGGAGGUGGACGAUACGGCUGACGCCAUCGACAACAAAUACGUUUAAGAGCUACAUGAUCAAAUUAAUAGAAGCGUUAGCCUUAUGCUGCAGCACCAUACCUCCCCUGAUUAUCCACCAAACGAGUCAAUGCUCUUUAUUCUCGUGAAGAAGAUGAAGAACAGGCUCACUCAUGAAUUAUCUGAUUCUGAGGAAACUAAGUGUCCACAGAAGGUCACGGUCAAAGAUGUGAUUGUGGAUUGGACACCCCUAAUGCACUGCAUUGCCGAUGGGAACGUGGGAUGGGAUAGUGUUCACGCGAGACAGCCUCAAGUGCCCAGAUGGUCAGGACGAGUGCUCCUUAGAACGAGGUAUUCUGAAGUCUACCGUUUUCCCGACCCUUAGGUGCUGCUACUGGCAGGGUUUCAACUAAUUAACUAUUAUCAAAGUUUAAACUAAAACUAAUCCACUAUUUAUAUUGCGGGUUCGAGCUCGGCCUUGCUUCUCUCCUGACUAGUACCAUCACGAGUGCUGAGAGUGAGUGCAGCGUCUAUAGUUCUCUUCCCCCCUUCUCAACGUGACCUUCAAGCUCAAAGAUAAAUGAACAUCAGGGACUUCUAUGGAGCACUUCUUCUACAUACAUUAUUCAAAAGACGAGGGCUUUCUUAUAGGAGAAUAACCAUUCUAUUCUGAAAAUACGAAGCGUCCCUUCAACAAAGGUUUUGAUCAAGUGAUUUGACUCGAUAGAAGUACUGCAGCGGGCGCUCGUAAUCCACAUCCCAGGUAAGGACAAGAUUAUUCCCAGGCUGCUUGAGUCUGCGAUAGCGAGGCACGGGCAGGAAAACGUGCUUGAAUUCACGAAAACUACCGACGAUUGGAUGACCGAAAAAGAGGCGUGUGAUCGCGAAGUCGAUAGCUACGCGACAGCGAUAUUUAAUUAAAAGCAACGUAAGUACUAGUUCUAAUUAGUAACUAACAAAGAGAUCAUGCGUACGGCUCCGGGUCACCAUCAAGUAGGUCGUAAGUCGGCGAGUAAGCUAGGACGUAGCUGAGCAAUCUUCAUGCGCAGAAUAAGCAGGACGGAAGUAAUAGAGUAAGUGCUUUGAUUGGAGAUAGUUUUAGUUGUCGAGCUCUAAUACCAUUGUUCUUCUUUGGUUCUAUCAACUAUGUUCCUCUCCUCUCUAUCUUGUGAAAGAAGUCCGACAGCCACGAUGUCUUGGUUGUUCCCAUUCCCCUUUUCUAAUACGUUGGUUGCUGGCCAAUCGAGGAUCAAUUCGAUGUGGAGCACGCUGAAAACGAAGUGGGGCAUCCACUCGAGUGGCAUAUGCGAGAGCGGUUUAACCUCUCCGAGGACCCUGCAAAGACGCGGCUCACUGUCGUCGGGACGCAGAUCAACCGCUGCAUUCUCAAAGGAUCCCUUCACGCGAAAGAAAAGGGCUACAUUGUGCACGUCGGAACCGACGCUGCUUUUUCGUCCGAUGAGGCUUUCCAUUUUGACGGCAAAGCGCCAUAUGCUCCGCCACCCUCGAAAGAGUUUUUAAGCCUAAUCUAUCAGCAACACACUGUUUGGGAACUUCAUACAAGCGCCGUUUUUCCUUCUUGAGAAGCUAACUCAUCGAGAAGAAGGCUCCUCGUGUAUAAUUUCAGUAUGUGACGAAGAGAGUUCUCACGACGAACGCUCUUUUGUCCGUGUCAGGAGCCUGAGGCUUCUAUAUUUCUCCUUCUUACGGACCAUGGCAUUUCCUGCUUUCCCUGCAUUACCACUUCAAACAAGAUAUAUUUUGAUUCUUUCUAAUAAGAAUGCAGGAGCAUCCGCUCUCUGAUUAGGCAUCCAAGAUUUAUGCCGCGCCUUUGGGCGGGCCCGGUCGCGACGACGCACUGGAAAUUUUCGAGGUGGCAGGGAUCCCGGCCAAGACCGCUGAGGAGCUCACUCCGCAAUUAUCCGAAAGGCACGACAAGACCGCCAACAGCAUGGAUUGUCGCAGUUGCUUUUCAGAGGCCUCAAAACCAGUAGAGGACUUUAAUUUUCGAGGCACAGCAAAGAAGGCGUCUCGUGCUGUGACUGCGACGGCAGAUGUUGCUGUCGCCUGUUGCGAUCAGGGGGACAGCUGAGGUUGCUAUUUACACUAAAUCAGCUGGUACUUCGUAGUCGGUUGCAAUGACAAAAAACACACACACAAUUUCGUAAUGUUGAAUGGCCGUGAGCAUACUCGAAAUGCAACAAAGAUUGUGUAUGAUCUUCAUAGAUAGAUACAAAUUAUGCAUCAUUCUACAAGAUGAAGAUGAAGAAUGGAAGUCACCUCAUCUGAAAUUUCCAGUCGUUGACAUUGACAAUACUUCUAAAAUCUGAGGGAAGAGGAGAAGGUGAAGCUGAACUAUGAAUAUUUUUUGAUAGGUAUCUAACUCUCUUUACAAUCAAUCCCAAUGACUAUCGUUCUGUAUUCUACUGUUCCCUAACUAGCAACACAACAGUUCCUUGCCCACUUGAAAACGUGCACUAAGCAACAAUUACUCAAAAUCCAAUCUGUCACCGCGUAACUUUUUUCAGAGUAAACUUCCCCAACUAAAACCUGCAAACUAAACCCUAUGUAAGUAUUUGUAGCAAAAAAUCCCAGCUACUCUUGAGUAACUUUCUUCAGUUUUAGUUUCUCUAUAAGGUUUCUCUUUCUUAUUCUUUGUUUAAUGUUGAAUUACCCGCUCUACUAACUUAGUCAUAUCAGAAAGAAGCAGUACAAUUUUAUCGUUUAGCGAUAUAUAACACAUCUUGCACGACCAUCUCCCGCUACUAGGCACAUUCAUUCACUCACUCAUUCACGACUUGUUAAUCAAUUUAGUAAUGGUGUUCGUCUUCGUAUCCACCAUCCAUCAACUCCUCCAAAUUAGUACUGUCAACAGACAGGCAAAGAAUAAGAAAACGCAAGUAAGGAAGUGCGAGUGCAUCUCAGUGACCAUCUUCGCAGGAGGUGGGCGAGCUUGAGCCUUUUUGCAUGUUUGCAAAAAGAGAAUCAUUACAAGACGAGUCCCCGUGUAAGAGAAAGCGCGCGCUAGAAACUUUUUCAUGGUUGUGUUAGCAGUAAUCUAUCC